AUGGCUCUGUUGAAGAGCCUGAAGAAACAACUGUUUGAACUUGAGCUGUUGGAGAGUAUGUACGCUGUGUCAGAGGAAAUGUUUUAUCCUGAUGACAACUGCGUAGCGCCAAUCAGGUCGUUCAUUGACGGUCAAACGAAUGAGUUACCUUCUGUUGUGCUAUUUACGCUUAAUCUCAAGGACGCUGCACAGAAUCGUGUGGAGAUCACGUUUCAGUUUCCUCUAAUGUACCCAGACGAAAUGCGUCCUCAGUGCAUAAGCUAUAUUGCGUCGUUGCCUCUUGGGGAACCGAUGGUUUGCGAAAUCGUCUGGUGGAUCUUGAACAAAGUUGCUGAGAGCGCUUCAUGUACUUUCUCUGAUCCAUGCAUUGAUCAGACGCGGAACGAUGUCUUGGAUGUUGUUGGCCAUAAGGGAAGAGUUUCUAACGGAAAGAGCUUCAGCCGGUUGUGGAUAUUUUGUCAUCACAUCUUCAACAGCUGGAAACGACGCAACAUUUUAACAGUUGCCAAAAGUUUAGACCUCACUGGUUUCUGCUUGCCCGGUAAGCCAGGGAUAGUCGCCGUCGAAGGUCUUAAAGAAAACUGUUGCAUCUUCUGGCGGACGGUAAAAACAUGGACUUGGAAAAAGAUCAUGAUCAAAAAUUCGGAGACCAUGACCAUUGAAAAUGAGGCGGAUAUCGAUGGCCUACGAAAGUUCAUUGAUUUUCAAGAAAUUUCCUUCGUUUCAACUGUUGGACUUGGACGAACCGUUCAUAUGGAUAUGGGCGAUUUCAGGACGUACCUGGCAGACCAUCACUGUGAAGAAGCGUUUAAAAUGUACUUUGGUGUCGCGUCAGAAAGUUAA